UUUGACACAUUUUAUGAAAUAGGAAUUUUCGCUCCGUACAUAAGUAAUAUUAACAACAUACACGAUGCCAUUUAUUCGGGAUUAUGUUAUGCAAAAGAAUUAAAUAUUCCUAAAUUAAUAAAACCAAUUGUUUUCAAAACCAUACAUGAAAGUUUGCACUACUUAAUUAUGACAUAUAUUACGUCACAUGAUUUGGAAAUUGAUCGAGAUGAAAGAUUUUAUAUUUGUAAACUCCAGAGAGAAGCUGCACUGAAAUUUUAUAUUAGAGUUCCUAAAGAAGUCGAAAUGAGGCCAUUAAGAAGAGAAAAUUGGUACCGCAUUAUUUUAAGUUGGCCCUAUGAUCAUAAACCACCACCAGACUAUAUCACGACAAUGAUAAAGGUAAAUGGUGGAUACGGAAUUUUUUCCAAAGUUACUGGUGAUCUUUUAUCGUGGGGUUUAAAAACGAUGAUGGGGACAAUAGAAUUCGUUCAAACAUUACCACGAGCAAGAAGAAAAAAGUACGCAACGACUAUAAUCAAGAUGCUAGCGGUGGAACUAGCCAAGGAAAAUCAACACCCUGUGGCUACCGUAAGAAUAGAAAAUGCCGCAGCAUAUUCUUUUUUUGAACAUUUAGGUUUUAGAAACGUUGGAGUUUCUCAUGACAUUUAUCUCAAAUCAAAAACUUCCACAGAUAAAAAAGAAACUUCACGAUCGAUAACUGAAUACUACUUACGAGAAAAAAUGGCACCAUUUUUUGGCCCAGGUCCUUCGCAAUGCUGUCCAAAGGGUUCCGUAGCUAAAAAAGAAUUUCCACGAUUUUUAGCUGAAUACUUACGAUUAAAAACUACACGACUUUGUGAACCAAGUUCAUCUCACUGCUGUCCUUCGAGCUCCGCAAUUAAGAACGUACCUCCUCCAUUUAAACGAAGUUCCCAAAGAAACAGCAUAUCGCACAUAUAUAAAACGAAAAACUUUAAUCUUAAUCUGCUAACGGAAACUUUGGAAGGUGGAAGUAGUAAACUUGAGCCGCCACGAAAUCAAGAUCAACUAGAAACAAUACGUGGAAUGACUACGUCACCGACCUCAUCCUCAAGCACCGGAACGAGUGAAGAUCCUUCGACAAUUGAUAGUGAGUUCGACAUAGAAGAAAAUGAUGAAUUUCUUUCCACAGAGGAGCAAGAAGAAAGUACACGAAAAAUGAGCGUAUCAAAUAGUUUAAUGUCAAACGAAUAUCCAUCAGUUUCUAAUGUAAAUAUUGUGGGUUCAAACGAGCAGCAACCUUCAACUUCAAAUGAGCGUUCAUUGAUUUCCAAUGAACAUUCGAAUGAGCACCCUUCAGUUUCUAGAGAAGAUCAACAGAUUGGAAAUGAGCAAGAUCGGCCUUCAACUAUUAGCCGUCCAAUUACACCAACUUCAGUUCUAGAUUCUUCAGGGACCAUAUCGGAUAAUUCAUAAAGAUCAAGAAUAAAUCGCAGAGAGAUUACAAAUUUAGCAAGCGUCGUUG